AUGUUGCUGUACACUAAGGAACUGGUGGCGCCGCGAGCCAACUUCAGCCAGGGUCUGCAACGCUUCAAGGCGCAGCGCCUGCGGCAAAAGUAUGAGAAGAUGUUGUAUAAAGCGUUUGCCCACUCGACGAUACACGGCAUUCAGAAUGCCUUUGAGGAGCGACACAUUUACGCUCGCUACUUUUGGCUCAUUGUCGUGUUGCUGGGUAUGCUGGGAAUGUUGGGCAUGUUCUCCGUGUUGAAGCAACAGCACACUGAGCAGCAGCUGGUCAGCGUGGUGGAAACUACACAGUUUCCAGUUUAUAAUAUUGAAUUUCCGGCGGUUGCCAUUUGCCCCUUCAAUCAUGUUAACUGGCUGCGCGCCUCGACGGCUCAGCAUCGUUUCAUGCCCAGAAACGCAGAUUCUUAUGUACGCGAGUCCUUCCACCAACUACUCGUUCGCAUGGAGCAGCUAAACUUUGGUAAGUUUCAAACACUCGGGGGUCUGUCCAAGCGAAAUAUGACGGCGCUGGCUAACGUGAGCCUCGUCAAGCUGGCCAGUUAUUUGGCCUAUCGCUGCGAUGAGCUCUUCGUGCCGGACUCCUGCUUUUUCGACGAAACUAGAUACGAAUGCUGUCAGCUGUUUGUAUCGGAGCGCACUGAGAAAGGCAUUUGCUUGGUGUUCAAUUCGCUGAUAUCCGAAGAGUCGAGCAAAAAGAAGCUGGUCAAUGAAUUUUAUCCCUACAAGCUGAGCACCGCCGGCGAAGGCUCUGGCCUAAAGUUCAUGCUGCGCCUCAACGAUACCUUUCUGCGUGCUGGCACCCAGGUGCCCUUUUCCAUGAAUCUGAUGAUCAAGGAGUCUAAUGAAUGGUCAAACACCAUGAACUAUCAUCUUUACGCAAACACUGAAAACUUUGUGUCCGUAGACCCGCUGGUCAUACAAACGUCCAAAAACACUGACAUCAUGGAUCCUGUCAAGCGACGCUGCUACUUCGAGAACGAGCGGCAUCCCGACUACCCGUAUAAGAAUCUCCCCUACAGUCGCUCCAACUGCAUUUUCAGUUGCUUACAGGCUUCCGUUCAAUUCUAUUGCAAUUGCUCCAUGCCCCUCUAUUUGCCAGUUAUAGACGAUACUCGGGAGUGCAGUGUGCUGGACUUUCCGUGCCUUCAUCAUCACACGGACGUCUUUGGGUAUGUGAAAACCCUUGACCAGGAUACGCAUAUUAAAGAUUCACGACGUGGUCAGCUCUGCUCGUGCCCAGACAGCUGCAACGUCCAGUUGUACCAAACGUAUCUGAAUGUGCGCCACUUGAAUUACUUCAAUACGACAAACACCACAAUCCCAAAGCGAAUUAAAGCCGAGAUCUAUUAUAGCCAGCGGGUGUUGAUGAAGAUUGAAACUAAACUGAAGUACAGCUUUGUCGAUUUGGUCGCAGGCUUUGGCGGCAUUUUGGGGCUUUAUAUGGGUGCCUCGACGCUCAGCUUUAUCGAACUGGGCUACAUAGUGUCUCAGCUUUUGUCGCUGCUGAAGGAUGCGUAUGUUAAAUUAACCUCAAAGUAA